AUGGAGCUGGUCGCUGAGGAUGAGCACAUUGUCCGCCGGGUGAGCGGCCAUGUCUCAAGCCCCCGAUGCAGUGAUCUCCCAGGACUGUCUUGUCGAUUGUACCCACACGUCUCCGUCAACGUUAUCCGCAUCCCCAAUAGUAUGUCCAUGAGUGGCCUAACCGCUGUGGUAGGUCAUAUGGUCAACCUAUUCAACGUUCAGUUGACCAAGUUCCUGCACUUGAGUGAGCCCAUGGACCCGGCGAAGCCUUGGGGGCCCUCCACGCAUAUACCUGUCCUCUUCGUCUGGUCGUCACUUCAUCCACAAGUGUUUUUCUCCUUUAUCGUUUCUCUCACGGCGCUCGUGCAAGCUAUCAAUGGUAACACUGUGCGGCGCAGUGGUCAUUUACGCCUCUAUCGGCAACCUGACUACGGCCACGUACGACGCAUCAGUCUCAGUGACGUCCCGGAAGACUGGAAGUGCACAAAAGCUUCGUGCAACUCACACAGAGUUGAGAAUGAGCCCCUGAGAACAGUAUUUGUCCUGACCAGUGAUAAAGAGCUUUUAGAUACAGCCAUCCUAGAUUACGACGUCACCAUGUAUAUUGGCACGAUUGAUGAGAUCAGCUCGGAGGUUGAGAUAAGUGCGCGUGGUAUGAUGAAUCAGCUUUUGGACUUCUUCAACGUAUUGGAGAAGUACCGUGCGUCUAUUUUGGACAUUCUAGACGAACAACAGACAGCUGUAACAAAGACUUUGUGGUAA